AUGGAUCCUUUCAUAAUUUCAAGUUCUAUACCAGAUGUAGCAUUCAUUUCUUCCCCUGAAACUAUUCUUGAUGUAAGGUCAUCAUCAAAUACAAGUUUACCUAUAAGAACUCAAACACCUAUUUCUGAACAUCCGACACCUGUAGCACAAUCGAGUGCACUUCAUGGAUCAGAAUCAACAUUAUCACUCCGAGCAUCAGCAUGCCCAGUAAAUACAGAACCACCUCCAUAUGUCGCAGAUUAUUAUACAGCACGAGAUCCUCUAUCUUUAGGACCAAAACGAAAAUCAGAAGAUGAAAUCAAAAAGAGUAGUAAAAAAAUUCAAGCAUUUUAUCGUGAUCAAAAUGAACUUAUUGAUGAAUUGUUAAGUCCGAUUGAUAAUAAGCGACCAAUUGAAGAAUUGAAAAAUAACUUGUUAAGA